UUAAGUCAGAGAAAAAAAUUACGGAAUACCAGUCAUAUGAUCCCAUCCGUUUCUGCCUGCAGCAAAAGGUGUAAUCACAAUUAUUAUCAAUAAUAGAAUCCUGAUUAUGAUCGUCCUCGACGAACUUAUUAGACGUUGCAUGGCGGCAGAAAACUGGGGGAAUUCUACCUGAUUUUGACCUCUCUGCAGAGAAUCACGAAAUAUAAGGCAAAUUGAAAGAAUUUAGGGCAUUAAGAUGAAGCUGGACGAGGAAUUCGGGUCGGACCGGGUGAUCCAUAUAGAAACGGACGACGAAGAGAACGAAGCAGAAACUGCCAACGAGGAUGAAGAGGAUGACGACGAUACAGAAUCCGAAGAUCAUAAUCGUGCCGUCCCUUCUAGAAACCCCUCCGACAACCUCAAUGCCUCCGACUCCCUUUUUCAUAAUUGGCCUCAAAGCUAUAGGCAGUCCAUGGACAUGUACACAACAGUAGUUUCACCUUCAGUAAGCUUCUUAAGGGGAAGUUCUUCACUAACUUCAGUAUACAACAGAAGGCCACAAUCUAUGGUAUUGGAUCAAUCUUCUUUGAGUAAACCUCUCAUAGGAGAAACAGUUUAUGUGAAUGAUGAAGAAGUCCCAACUUCAACCCUUCCUACAAAGAUUUCAACUACCACUUCAAUAUCAAGAUUGUCUUUUCCUGAAUUGGCACCACCGCAGGAGUGUUCUUAUGCUCAAGCACUGGCUAAUUCUAUAAAUGUGUUAUGUGGUAUAGGAAUUCUGGCUACUCCUUAUGCUGUUAAAGAAGGUGGCUGGCUGAGCUUAUUUUUGCUCCUUCUUUAUGGAAUCAUUACUUGUUACACUGGGAUUUUGUUAAAAAGAUGCUUAGAAAGCUCUUCCGGACUUGAAACUUAUCCAGAUAUCGGACAGGCUGCGUUUGGCAACGUUGGUCGUGUAUUUGUGGCAACAAUCUUGUACGUUGAAUUAUAUUGUUCUUGCAUUGAAUUCUUGAUCAUGAUGGGUGAUAACUUAUCAGCUCUCUACCCCAGUAUACACAUGGCUUUAGGAGGCUUUCAUUUUGGCUCUUACCAAACGUCUGUUAUUAUCUCCACCCUUGUGAUACUUCCUACUGUUAUGCUGCGAAACCUUAGUUUGCUCUCAUACAUUUCUGCCGGAGGGGUGAUUGCGUUUAUCAUGAUCAUUCUUUGCUUGUUAUGGGUUGGGUUGCUAAGUGACAUUGAGUUUCAUCCAAGUGGGAACAUUUUCAACUUCUCAAAGUUGCCUGUGACGAUCGGUAUAUACAGUUUCUGCUUUGGUGGCCAUUCAGUUUUUCCAAGUAUCUAUUCCUCCAUGAGAGAACCUUCAAGGUUCCCUUCUGUGGUUUUAAUAAGCUUCUUAAUUGCCUUUAUUUCAUUUGCUGGAGUUGCAAUAUUUGGCUUUCUAAUGUUUGGCGAAGCUACGAAAUCACAAUUCACUUUGAACAUGCCAGAGCGACAUAUAGCUUCAAAAGUAGCAAAAUGGACGGUGGUAAUAACUCCGCUGACAAAAUAUGCAUUGACAAUUACUCCAGUGGCAUUUAGCAUAGAGGAAUUCUUGCCCUCCCAUCAUCGCAAAUCACACUGCGUUUCCAUACUCAUCAGAACGGCUUUAGUCAUUUCUACCCUCCUCGUCUCGCUCCUUAUUCCAUACUUUGGUUCUGUCACUGCCUUGAUUGGAUCUGCAUUGGUAGUGCUGGUGUCACUUAUCCUUCCAUGUGCAUGCUACAUCAAAAUCAACAAAGACAGAAUAACAAAGACUGAGAUUGGAGCAUGUACUUUCAUUAUAAUUCUUGGAUUGAUAUCUUCAAUUGUCGGCACAUAUUCAGCACUUCAUAGUAUGUCUGGUUAGUUCUACCUAAGCUUCAAGACAGCAGCAUGUAUCAGGAGACUGUAAAGUCAACUUUCAAAAUGAAAGUCAAACAUACAGAGAUUUUUUGUCUGAUUCAUGAACCUGCAAAUAGGAUCAUCACCGGACACCGGAUGCCCCUUUUUGUCUUUUCAUUUUCUCCUUUCAUUUGUUUUUGGUUUUUUCUUAGUUUUGGGGGUUGAUGCCAGCUUGUAGUGUAUACUGAAAUUUCCAUUUCGGAAAUUGAAAGUAUAUUUUCCUUUGUCAAAGUAAAUAGGCAAAAAGUACUUACGGCCAUGAUUUUGGAUUUUUGGCCACAAUUUCUAUAUAUACUGUCUGUCUUUUUCUGAGCUCCCAGGAAUGAGUACCGCAUAAUUUCACUCCGUACAAAAGUUUGAAUAUA